GGUGUGGGCGUGGCUAGGGCCCGCUAACGCGCACGCGCGAGCCACAUCGUCUGUGGUCGUCCGGUAUCCGAAGUCCCCGUGUUCGUCAUGUCGGCGUCUGUGGUGUCCGUCAUCUCCCGGUUCCUGGAGGAGUACUUGAGCUCCACUCCGCAGCGGCUGAAGUUGCUGGACGCCUAUCUCCUUUAUAUACUGCUGACCGGGGCGCUGCAGUUCGGCUACUGUCUCCUCGUGGGCACCUUCCCCUUCAACUCUUUCCUCUCUGGCUUCAUCUCUUGUGUGGGCAGCUUCAUCCUAGCGGUUUGCCUGAGAAUACAGAUCAACCCCCAGAACAAGGCGGACUUCCAAGGCAUCUCUCCGGAGCGAGCCUUUGCUGACUUCCUCUUUGCCAGCACGAUCCUGCACCUUGUCGUCAUGAACUUCGUUGGCUGAACUCCGUCUCCUUACCGUGGAGUUGGAGGUUGGCGGAGCGUAAGUGGCCAUCCCAGCCUUGUGCUGCUGUGCUGAUUCCAGCAGGUGGAUUAGAUGGGCUGGUUCUGGUCCUGGUCGGCCGAGUUCCCAUGGUACAGUAGGGUGUUUGCAGGCUUGCCCAGCUUCAGCGGGCAGCAGUUUCAUCGCGCUCGUCAGCCUGUGGGUUACAGGUGUGCUCCCAAAGGCUUUUGAAGAAAGAUAAACUGCAAGUUUUGCUUUUAGAUUUGUUCUUGAGUUUUUUCCCAAUUCUGAUUGCCAUUGAUGUUAAAUAUUAAUUAUGGCCAUUGUUGCCUGGUAGGUACUCAGAGUAGUGUGAAUGUAUGACAGCUGCUUCUUAGGAAUGUGUGCCCUGAACUCAAAUGGUAAAGUUGGAUUAACUUAUGAGAAGACUUAGGACCAGAUGGGUAACAUUCGGUUUGUUUGCUUCAUCCCUUGUUAAGCACGAAGCCAUCUUGCCCCCCCCAAACAAACUUUACAGAAUUUUAAUAGGGAAAUGCAGGUAGGCCUAGAUCUCUUUUGUAGAGCUGAAAAUUCUCUCUGCCCUCCCUUCAUAGGUUGUGUGCCCUCCUCUCCACUCUCCCGUCUUGUCUCAGUUACUUCAUUAAUGCUGUGACAAGACACCAUGGCAGAGGCAGCUUGUGGAAGAAAGUGUGUAAUUUGGUAUUGAUUGCUGCAAAGAGUUAGAGUCUAUGGCUGUCAGGGUGGGGAGCAUGGCAGCAGGCAGGCUUGGUGUUAGGGCAGUAGCUGGCAGCUUACAUCUUGAGCCACAAGCUUGAAACAAAGCUAACUGAGAGUGGCAUGGGCUUUUGAACCUGAAAGCCUACUCACAGUGACAUACCUCCUCCAACAAGGACACACCUCCUAAUCCUUCCCAAACAGUUCCACCUACUGGGUGGAAGCAUUCAAACAUAGGAACCUGUGGCCAUUCUCAUUCAGCCCUCUACAUCCCAGAAGCAGAGUCUUAAAGCAGUGAAACGGACAUGAUUUUUCCCAACACAUAUUUUUCCUUGAUGAGAGAAAAUGAGCCGGGAACAAUGCAGUUGCUUCCCAGAUGCACAGGCGCACGAUGUAGAGUAUCCUCUGCCGCUUGAUGUUUGGCCCUAUGCUCAUGCAACUCAGGGACGAAUGCCUGUGCUUUUCCUUUCCUUUGCACAAUAAGAUUUCGUACUAUUGCUUCCAGGUGGCAAGAGAAGAGAAUCUUAGGAAAUAAUAACCUUUUGGGAGAAAAUGUCCCAGGUCCACCCUCUUUACAUCACUACAUGGAAACCUGUGUGUUGGUACUGAGAGCCUCAGAAACCUCACACGAGAACCAGGGAUGCAUGGUGUGUGCAGAAUCGCCCAGUCCCAGAUCGCAGUGCCCGUCCUUUGUUGAAAGUAGUAGGCUCCUAGAAAAGGUGGGGAAACGCUCUUGUCUGGGGAUCGCCCUGCACAUUUUCCAGAGACCUUUGACCCGAUACACGCUAGCUACCCUGUGGUCCCACACAUCUGUCUGUCCCAUCUGUGUGGUUUUCAUUCAGCUGUGUGCUCUAAUGGUCACACUAACUCAGAAGGUAGGAUGAAAAGGAAAACAAAAACAAGACCACUCAGUGCGCUUAUAAAACACUCAUUCCUAAGACACUGGCGGUGUUGAUGCCCUUAUUCUGUGAAAUGAAUUACGGGGCUAUAGGGCAGCACAGUUGGGGCUAGAUUCUCAUGUUGCUGCCUAACAGUCUCCUUAUUUUCCAGUUGACAGAUGGGCAUUUUAAAAAAUUUAAUGAAUUUGAAGGUGGUAUUUAAAACCAGGAAGAAAAGGCAUAUCAAAAGAAAAUGGCAUUGCGCUGUAAAAGUCAGUGUGACUUAGGGGGGCCAGUGAAGGGCAGUUGCUUCAAGUGGCGCUCACUGCAUGUCCUACAAGUGCUUGUGAGUAUCAUUUGACUUUCAAAUGGCCUCAAGCAGGCGAGCCUGCCAUUCCCAUUUGCAGACUGGGCACUGAGAGACCCAGAGAGCACAAGGAGAAAUCUUUCAUUUGUUUUUGCUUUGAAACAGACUCUCAUGUAGGACAAGGUCGCUUCAAAUCAGUUAUGUACUGAAGGAUGGCCUUGUGUUCUUGACCCUCCAACCCUUGCCACGUGCUGGGAUUGCAAGUAUAGGUCCUCAGUUCCUGGGCCCAAUUUUAGAUCCUUUUUCUAAUUUAAAAAAUUUUAAUUUUAAUUUGCAUAUAUGUAUAUGUCUUGUGGGUUUAUGUAUGUUAGUGCAGGUUCCCAUGGCGACCAGAAGUGAUGGGUCUCCUGGAGCUAGUUAUAGGCAGUUAGGAACUGCUCAUUGUCGUGUUGGGUACCAAACUUGGGUCUUUUGAAAGACCAGUUUAUAAUCUUAACUGCUGAGUCAUCUCUCCAGCUCCAGUUUCAAGAUUGUUGGCUUGUUUGUUUGUUUUUCUAGACAGGGUUUCUCUGUGUAGUUCUGGCUGUCCUAGAACUUGCUUUAUACCAGCCUAGCCUCCGACUCAGAGAUCCUCCUGUGUCUGGGAUUAAAGAUGUGUGCCAUAGUCUGCCCGGUUUCAGGGUUUUUAAAAGAAAGGAUGAAAAGGGAGAUGGCGCACCAUUGGGUUGCAUUUGGGGAGUUCACAUACCUGGCGAUAUGGGCCAUGGGACUGGGGAAAGUGACGUGGGCACCAAGAAUAACACAACGUUAGUGUGCUUGCCUUCCUAGAUGGAGGUUGUUGCCAGAAGCCUGGGCUGAAAUUUUGUUAGUUCUGCUUUUUUAAUAUUAUGGGGAGAGUCUCUUACUAUCUUUAAAAUUUCGUAGCAUUUAAUCCUAGCUAGUGCUAGAAGGCUACCUUUAAUCCUAGCUAGUGCUGGAAGGCUACCUUUGAGCUGACAGUACUGUUUAUUACUAGGCAAUUCUCUUUCUUUCUUUCUUUUUUUAAUUUAUCAUAAUUUAGUAAUCUAGAGAAUUACCUUGGGAAGGGACUCAAACUGUGUUCCUUUUUUCCAUCUCCAUCUUUAUUUUUAAUUAAUUAAGAGACAGGGUCUCCUUAUCCCAGGCUUGCCUGGAACUUG